CCACCCAAGAAGGUUCACCAUUUGCUCAGAAAAGAUUAAUGGAGGGAGCAAAUCAAUCACUACUUCCCGUGAUUAGUAGCGUUGACGAAAUAGAAGAACUCCCGCCAGAUUUCGGGCUGUAUUUGCAGAGAGAACUCAACUGGUCUCGAUUGGAGGACGACGACGACGGCGAACCCCAUCGUGUUACGGGAUGGGUUUUCUGGAGUCGACAAGACGACAAACCCCGUCAUCGUCUUCCGGUCUCCGGUUACGUUUCAGAGAAUCUGGUUGUUAGCCCUGAUUCUAGUCCGACGGUGAAAGACAAGAUCAGACUUGCGCUUGGGAGAAUAGUCUUACACCCAAGAUUUGGUCAAUCACUUGUUCAAUAUUGGGCUGCAACUACCACAACCGAGGGGCGGACUUUGCUUACAACUCAAAACCAACCUUGUGCUGUUAGUAAAAUGGGAAAGUCAACAUGGGGGCUUUGUGAGUAUAGGAUGAAAUCUAUGGAGUAUAAAUUUUACGGGGAUAUUGGAGAAGAAGAACUUGGGCUUCCUGGCCGUGUGUUCCUGUAUAAAUUGCCUGAAUCUGCUGCUGAUGUGCAAUAUUACUCUGUGAAAGAGUAUCCACAACGCGAUGACGCUUCUCGUUGCCAAGUUAGAGCAUCCUGGGCUUUGCCGGUGUUCGAACAUUCCAGCCAAAUCUGUGUUGGUGUACUUGAGCUAGUCUCUACCGUUGACGCCAUUACAGAUUGGUAUCACAAAUCUUUCCUUUGCAACCUGCACGAUGUUUUUCAGGAGCUAGGCUUGCAAUCUAUUGAUGUAUAUAAACACUAUCAAAUGAAAUACAAGGACGAGGAUAAAACUCUUACAUCUGCCUUCCAUGAACUCGCGUUGGUAUUGGAAUCAGUGUCUAAAAUACAUAAGUUACCUUUGGCUCUGACUUGGGUCCCGUGCAGUGCUUGCGACUCUUUAUUGCUAGGCCGACUCUCAUCCGAGGGUGGAGAAUAUCUCGGGGCUUUUGAGGCCAACAAUAACCACCUCGUUGAUUUCUUGAUAGCCAAUACUGGAUAUCACCUACCAAAGGGGGAAGUUGCUGAGAGGGUACUUUCAUUUCCUAACAUGUUGUACUGCAAGGACGUAACACAAUUCAGCAUAGCUGAGUACCCGUUGGUACCCUUUGCACGACAUUGCAAAUUAAGUGGUUGGUUCACUAUAUGCUUGCAUAGCAGUUACACAGGGGAAGAUGUUUACAUACUCGAGUUCUUUUUGCCCAAGAGCGGCGAAGACAAUGAGAACACACUGACCACUGUGGACAUGAUAUUGCGAACCAUAAAGGAAAAUUUUAAAACUUGCUUCCGGAAAAGAAUUGGGAGAAGUAUCAUCCAUCGAAGUUUUUGA